AUGAGUGGGUUCCGUGUGUUGGAUUUGGUAAAACCAUUUGGGCCAUUCUUGCCUGAAGUAAUUGCUCCUGAACGUAAAGUUCCAUUCCAGCAACGUGUCAUGUGGACAAUUAUUUCAUUGAUGAUUUUCCUCGUUAUGUCAGAAAUCCCACUAUAUGGAAUUGCAUCAACUGAUGGAAGUGAUCCUCUUUUCUGGUUGAGAAUGAUGUUGGCUUCCAACAGAGGUACAUUGAUGGAAUUGGGUAUUUCACCAAUUGUUUCAUCGGGUAUGUUGUUUCAAUUGUUGCAAGGAACUAAAUUGAUUCAUGUUGAUAUGCAAAACAAACACGAUCGUGAGACUUUUCAGGUGGCUCAAAAAUUAUUGGCUAUAUUGUUGGCAGUUGGUCAAGCUACUGUCUAUGUCUUGACUGGUAUUUAUGGACCACCAAAAGCACUUGGUGUUGGUGUUUGUCUCUUGUUGAUUUUGCAAUUGGUAUUUGCCAGUGUUAUUGUUAUCUUGUUGGAUGAAUUGUUGCAAAAGGGUUAUGGUUUGGGUUCUGGUGUGUCGUUGUUUACCGCCACAAAUACUUGUGAACAAGUAUUUUGGAAAGCUUUUGCUCCAACUACAAGUUCAUCUGCAAGAGGUACUGAGUUUGAUGGUGCUGUUGUUUCCAUGUUCCAUCUCCUUGGUUCAAGAAAGGAUAAGAAGAGAGCAUUGAUUGAAUCUUUUUACAGACCAAACUUGCCAAACAUGUUUCAAUUAUUGGCCACCAUUUUGGUAUUUUUUGCUGUUGUUUACUUGCAAGGUUUCAGAAUUGAAUUGCCAAUGAAGUCUACAAGACAAAGAGGACCAUACGGAUUGUACCCAAUCCGGUUGUUUUACACUUCAAAUAUUCCAAUUAUGUUGGAGAGUGCACUUGCAUCGAACAUUUUCAUCAUUUCGCAAUUGUUGUUUAUCAGAUGGCCAAAUAACUUGUUUAUUAAACUUUUGGGUACUUGGGAUGCUAGACCCGGAUCAUCGCAAUUGUAUGCAAACGGAGGAUUGGCCUACUACAUUCAACCACCUUUUAGUUUUACUGAAGCUUUAUUGGAUCCUAUCAAGACAACCAUUUACAUUGCUUUUGUACUUGGAUCAUGUGCCUUGUUUUCCACCACUUGGAUUGAAAUUAGUGGUACAUCACCAAGAGACAUUGCCAAGCAAUUUAAAGAACAAGGUUUAGUUAUUGCUGGUCAUAGGGAAACUUCAGCUUACAGAGAAUUGAAAAAGAUUAUCCCCAUUGCUGCUGCAUUUGGUGGUGCCACUAUUGGUGCAUUGUCGGUUGUUUGUGACUUGAUGGGAACUUUGGGAAGUGGUACAUCGAUAUUGUUGGCUGUGACUACCAUCUAUGGAUAUUACGAGUUAGCUGUCAAGGAAGGUGGGUUUAACAAGUCAUUAGUUAGUGGAUUUUCUGAUGGUAUUUAG